CAAAGGUUAUGCACACCACGCAGCGUUGGCUCCAUAGAUAACCCGUGUCUGGCUCAACCAUUGACAUUUGCCGCCAUCGCCUGAUAUUGCGUAGACAACGAGCGGGAGGAUCGGUAAAGUUGCUGGAGUGUGUGACUUGGUUAUAGUGUCCCUGAUGUAGGCUCGGUUCUGUGUUGGUCCCCUACGGUCCCCAUCUCCACUCCCACUCCACCGCCGUCCUUGUACCGCUUUCAUUUCUCGUCGCCCGGGGAAAUAGGCGCUGGUCGCGGGUAUGGAUGCUGUGUGGAUACUGGCUCUGCUGCUGGUUCUCCCGGUUUUACUCUUGACUAGUAGCACGUUUGUUUUCUAUUUCAAAAAGUGCUUCUAUGUAGCGUACAUGAUGCUGCUGGCCAUUAUCGCCAUACCGAUUUGCAUUCUGAAAAGCGGUGGCAGGGACAUUGAGAAUAUGAGGGUCAUCCGCUUCGUAGUGCGUCAUGUGAAGUACUUCCUGGGUUUGCGCUUUGAAGUCAGCGGUUGGCAGCAUCUACAGGCAGAGGGACCGUACGUCAUUAUCUCCAACCACCAAUCGUCACUCGAUGUAUUAGGUGUGAUGGAGGUUCUGCCUGACCGCUGUACGAUGGUCGCUAAGAAGGAGCUGAUCUGGGCUGGGACGGUGGGCAUGAUCUGCUGGCUAGGUGGAAUCGUCUUCAUCAACCGCAAAAAGACCAAUGACGCCAAAAAUGUCAUGAGCGAUGCUGCGAAAACCAUGUUGGCGGAUCAGAUCUGCUUGUGGGUGUUUCCUGAAGGCACACGGAAUCAGAAAGGUGACCUUCUGCCCUUUAAAAAGGGAGCGUUUCAUCUGGCUGUACAAGCACAGGUUCCUAUCAUACCCAUUGUGUUCUCCUCCUACAGUAACUUCUACCUACGAAAAGAGAAAGAGUUCAAAUCAGGAAAAAUCACUCUUAAAAUCCUUCCAAAGAUUGAGACAAAGGGACUGACAACAGAUGAUGUGACAUCGCUCUCCGACCAAUCAUAUGCCCUCAUGCGAUCUGCCUUCUUGGAGAUCUCUGGCCUAGGCCCCAAGAGCAACGGGCCAUCCAAUCAGUGAACGCUUUUACACCUUUUUCAUUGCCAUAACAACUAGGAUGGCUUGUGACUACAUUGUCAUCAUUGUUGUGGUGACGGUAACCAUGACAACCAGGUGCUUUGGGAUCCUCUCUGAUGUGAAGCAGGAUUACAUGUUCGUACACAGACAAAUACACAAAAAACAUAAGGACAUACAAGCGCAUUUACUUGAGUACAUAAUGCAGAUGUCAUCGUAGCCUAGUUUCGAGUUCCCGUCGGACUCCAGGGGGCACUAAGUGGUGGAAAGUGAUUUUUGGGCAAUGACCUUUGACCCUGUCUGGUGACACUUUUUUUCUGUGUCCUCUUGAUCACGGCUCGGCUCAUUGCUUCGAUUUGAUUGACACCCUGCGAACAUUGUGGAUGUUCGUUCGACAUGCAUGCCUUUUGACUUUGUAUAUUUCUCUCUUUCUUUCACAGAUCUACAAGAAGUCAUUGGUUCAUUUUGUGUAGGUCGCGUUUUCCUCUAGAUAUUCUGCUUGCAUUAUGGAAAGUCGUUGCAAGUUUUUUGUUUGUACGGCAGUUUUUAUUGUUUACCAAAGUAUUUUCCAUAACUCAACCAAUGAGAACGCUCUAAGAGGCCUUUUUAAUGUAUUCAAUUACAUUCUUGAUUUAACAGAAAAGUAUUGACCGAAAAUGCUAUUGAAAUCAGAUAUUGCAUAUAACAUACACCCUUGAGUACAUCACUCAAACAACAAAGGAAAAUACAAAAAUUUAGCACUUCUGUUGUCAUAAGUAAUUUUUUUUUUUUUUAAAGGAAUAAUUUGCCCAAAAAUGAAAAUUCUCUCAUCAUUGACUCGCCCUCAUGCCAUCCCAGAUGUGUAUGACAUUCUUCUGCAGAACACAAAUUAAAAUUUUUUUGAAGAAUAUUUCAGCUCUGUAGGUUCGUUCAGUGCAAGUGAAUGGUGACCAAAACUUUGCACCUCCAAAAAUUACAUAAAGGCAGCAUUAAGGUGAUCCAUAAGACCUCGGUGGAUAAAUCCAUCAUUUAUGAAGUGAUAUGAUAGGUGUGGGAGAGAAACAGACCAAUCUCCACUUUCACCAUUCUGGUGUGGAAGUGACUUUCACAUUCAAUGACCUACUGGUUCUGGCUGGUCAGAGCUUGAGUUUGAUAGCGAAAAAGGACUUAUUGUUCUUUUGAUGCUCUGGAUUACUGACCAGAAGGUCGGGGGAUCAAGCCCCAGCAAUGCCAAGAUGCCACUGUUGGGCCCUUGAGCAAGGCCCUUGACCCAAUCAUGGCUGACCCUGCACUCUGACCCCAGCUUAGCUGGGAUAUGUGAAAACAAAUACAUUUUACUGUAUAUAUGCAAAAAUGUAUGUAUAAUGUGUGACCAAAAUAAAGGCUUCUGUUCUAUAUUGAUUACUUUUAGGCUGCCUUUAUGUCCUUUUUGGACCUUUUGAGUUCUGGUCACCAUUCACUUGCAUUGUAAGGACCAACGGAGCUAAGAUAUUCUUCUAAAAAUCUUAAUUUGUGUUCUGCAGUAGAAAGAAAGUCAUACACAUUUUGGAUGCCAUGAGGGUGAGUAUAUAAUAAAUGUUCAUUUUUGAGUGAACUGUCCCUUUAAUUCUAUUUGUCCUAAAAGUGUCGAACAGUUGGUUCAUAACGUUUUCAUUGUCACUAUUACUAAGUGCAACUUCUUUCCUGUGUGCCAUGUGUCCAAAGUGUCUCAGCUGUUGGCUGUGUAAUGGUUGAAUAUUGUGAAUAACACUAUUGAUUAUUUAUCUGUGAUCAGGAUUGAUUGAUUGAUUGAUUAUCGUUUAGGAUAGGAAUACGUUCAAGUUGGCUUUUGUUUGGUGCAUUACUCCUUCAUUGUCAUAUUUCUUUAUGUUGUUGUUUUUAUUUUCAGUUUACAAAAUUGACGUGAAAUACAUAUUUAAGAAUGGAAGUAUAUCAUGUGAAACUAAAAACUAUUUUCAAGAGAACGAUUGUUAUUAUAAUGACUGAUUGAAUAAGUAUUACCUUACACAUUAUCUAGAAUAUGCCGUAAUCUGACUGGCCUACUUAACAAAAAUACGUCUUGCUUUUUAAGAGUUGUUAUUGUUCAAAGUUUAAAAUAAUUUAUUUUUAAACUCGAAAUCCAAAAAGUUAUGAAAUCUGAAAAUGUAGAUUUUACAAAAUAUACAAAAACAAUAUUUUCACCAAAGGUUAGCAUCAAAACAGCCUUUUUCUUCUCGAAAGAUAGUCAAACACCUGCUUAAUGUUAUCCCUAGAAAAUAUACUUAUAACGAAAAAUUGCAAAGUCUCUAAUGUUUUUGAGAUAUAGAAACCCACGUGCUUAAAGCGCUUCCCCUAUACUGUGGGUACCCUAUGUUCCUAUACUGGAACAUAGGGUACCCACAUGUUCUUGGAUCAGGUUGAGUUUUCAACACCUGCCUGUAAGCAACAUGAACUCCUAUUGGCAUUAAAAGGAAUCGUUUUCCCAAAAGGUUACUCAACCUCAUGCCAUCCCAGUUGUGUCUGACUUUCUUCAGCAGAACACAAACAGAGACUUUUAGAAGAAUAUUUCAGCUCUGU